AUGCGAUCCAACGCUGUCCUCGGCCUUGCUACCUUUGGCGCCGUCGCCUCGGCUUUCGCCCUCCCUGCAAACCUCAAGACCAUCUACGAUAACCACAGGGCAAGAACAUGUGCCAACAAGUUGUCGGGCACUUUUAGCGGCGGCGCGGUCUACUGCGGCGAUCUCCCAGGUGCCAUUUUCCUCAAGGGCAGCGCAGGCAACUAUGACAACCUGGACAUUGACUGCGAUGGCGCCAACAACUCGGCUGGCGCUUGUGCCAACGAUCCCACCGGCCAAAGCCAGACCGCAUUUAAAGACACCGUAAAAACAUUUGGCAUCUCCGACCUUGAUGCCAACAUUCACCCGUACGUCGUCUUCGGCAACUCGGGCGGCAACCCGUCUUUCAACCCUCAAUCUUCGGGCAUGCAGCCUCUCAGCGUUAUGGCUGUUGUCUGUAACAACCAGGUUUUCUAUGGCGUAUGGGGUGAUACCAACGGCGGCACCUCCACUGGCGAGGCCUCCCUCGCUCUGGGCAAACUUUGCUUCCCCAACGAGGGCCUCAGCGGCAACAAUGGCCACGAUCCCAAGGACGUUCUGUUCAUUGGCUUUACCGGCUCCGGAGCUGUGCCCGGCAAGAAUGGCGCCAACUGGGCGGCCAAGAACACCAACGACUUUGAGAACAGCAUCAAGGCGCUGGGAGACAGGCUCGUUGCCAGUCUCCGGGCUUGA